AUGAACUCGAAUUCUCGACAAGGAAAAGAUCUUCACGUUAAUCACUUCCUUGCUAACCAAGAAAUUAAAAGAUACUACCACUAUAAAAACAAACUCCUCCUCAAUCCUUCGACUCCUUCCUCUCCUAUGUCCAAACCAAUGCAUCAGAAACGAAAAACCCACAACCCAAACAAAUCUUCAAGCCAAAAGUGCAGACACAAUGAAGCAAAAACCCUAGAAAAUAAGGAAGAAACAAACAAACAACAAGCCGGGGAUCAAACGGGCAUCGAUCGGCUAUCGGAUUUGCCCGAACCCAUCAUCCAUAAAAUCCUCCUAUGCCUCACUCUAUCAGAUGCCAUCAACACGAGGCCGUUAUCGAGGUGGUGGCGGUAUGGCAUUUGGCCUUCAUGCCCCAUCCUCUUUUUCCACGAGUACUCCUUCGGAGCAAACUAUUUCCAGUAUGACACUGAACAAAAUGGAAACAGAAGAAGAUUCGCAAAGUUCCUGCUCAAUUCUUUGCAAAAGCAAAAGGAGGGUGCUAGCAACUAUGGCAGCAUCGAAAAGUUCGGUGUCCGGAUGGCCUUGUUGGGCCAUAAAUGGGAUGCUGCCGUUGAUGGGUGGGUGAAGUUUGCCAUCGCAAACGACGUCAAGGAGUUGGAUCUAAGGAUAAAGAGGGUCUUGGAGCAUUGUUUCGAGAGGUACCGGUUAGACGACUGCGUUUUCGUUUGUCGCUCGCUAACCGCGUUGUACUUGGAUUACUGCGGGAUCCGGUUGGAUUGCGUCACCGUCGAUCUCCCGUCCCUGAAGAGGCUCACGCUGAGCGAGGUGGAGAUAACCAAUAACUCGUUUUGCCGUCUCAUCGGAGGAUGCCCCUCGGUUGAGUACCUCUGUGUGGAAUUCUGCAAAGGGCUGCAGGUGAUCAAGGGCUUGGCUCCGAAUCUCAAGUCCCUGAAACUGAACUUAACCGAUGUUUAUUUGGUAUCCCUUGGACCUCUGAGACUUGAAUCUGUCGAACUUAGUGGCGAUUUCACUUAUUCUGAUCCCCUGAUGUUCGACAAACUGGGGACACUGAAAGAAAUGAAAUUGAAGAAUUUGAACAUCACGGAUGAGCAGUUGCAACGUCUGCUCGAUCAGUCUCCGAUGCUUGAGACUUUGAUUAUAGAAGGCUGUACAGGAUUGGAAAGAAUUCGGGUUCGUCAGAAGAUAAAGAGAUUUUCCAUGUCAAGAUGCAGGGGAAUAGUUGAGGCAGGGGUUCUUUCUGCAAAUCUGGAGUCAUUGGAGUACUCGGGAGACGUGACGAUUUCUUUUUGUUGCCGAGAUAAUUUGAGAUCGGCCGAAGUUAGGAUUAGCUUAGACCCCAUGGAGCUCAGUGCUGCUUGGUUCUUUAGACUGAAGAAGUUGCUUAGAGUGUUUGCCAAGUCCAAGGUUUUAACUCUUGCCUGCCCAUCAGAUCAGCUCGUAAUUUUUCCCGGAGCGCUGUGUGAAAGAUUGUUGCCUCCACUGCAUGAUCUGAAGCAUUUGAAGCUAGAGAUAAGGACAUUGUCAACUAGUUGUCCGGCAAUUGUGGAUGGCUUGAUAUGGCUAUUCCCUGGCUUGGAGACUCUAACCAUAAAGUCUGGUUCCAUCAACAAGCUUAUAAAGGUGAACUAACCUCUAACUAAGUGAGAAACUAACAAAGAAGGAGAUGU